AUGUCCAAGCUGGAUGACUUUCUAGACGAGAUCGUCAAGGUACACAUGAAGCAGCUCGAUCCCGAGGCUAUAGUCGAGGAAGAACAGUCUGCUCCGGUCAGCUGGUCGGAGAUGGCCUUCAUCGGAGUGAUCUUGCUGCUGGUGUGCUACAUCGCUGCGGACUAUUUGUCCCAGGGUUCGCAGCGAGACGUUUUGAAGGUUCUGCAGGAAGAGAUCGAGACCUAG